AUGGCACUUAACUCAGUUUCAUUUGAUCUUUCAGGAGUUAUUAGCAUUGUUGCUCAUGAUGAUCGCGUCAUCUCAGGAAGUAGCAAUGGCUUCUUAAACGACAUACGUUUUGCUCAAACACAGCCACUUCAUUUACCUCCAGUUCAAGUUUCUCAAAGUCCUAUACGACAAAUAGUAUGUAUUUAUGAAGCAGCAUUAAUUGCUUGUCUUAUUGAUGCACAGGUUAUACUUUUUGAUCUUCAUUCGUUAGCUCAACAAGGUGUGUUACCCCGAUCAAAUGGAGCACUUGCAAUUUCUUUAAUUUCAUAUCUUCAUAUGGAUGAAUUGGGUAUUCCUAUAAUUAUUUCUCGCCUUGUAGUGGUUUUCAAACGGAAAAUUUCUGUUUAUUCAUGGCAUGAUUCAGAAUUAAUUGCAAAUACAAUAGACUUGGCAUUGAAUCAACGUAUUAAAACACUUGAAUGGAUUAAUUCUACAAAAUUAUGUCUCUGUUUUAUUUCUACAUGUGCUUUUGCUGAUAUUUCAACGGGAAGGAUUUUUAAAUCUAUUUCAAUUAAGGAUUUUAUAUCAUUAAGACCCUUAAGAGUGCUUAAAACAAGUGCGAAUUAUAUAGGUUAUUAUAAAAAAACAUCUAAGUUUAUAAUAACAAGAGUUUCUAAUGAUGAGCUUUUAUUAACCUAUAAUAUUAAAUCGCUUUUUAUGGAUAGUAAUGGUCAAUUACUCGAACGUAGCCCUAUUAUUUGGUCAUUGGAACCUACGCAUAUAGUUUACUUUCAUCCUUAUUUUAUUGUUGUUUUUAAUCAACAUAUUGAAAUACGUAACAUCGAAUCUUAUCUUAUCAUUCAAACAUUUGAUAUAGGAAAUAUUACUUGUAUAUUUUCUGGAAAAUACCUUUUUAUUUCCACACAGUCUCAAAUAUGGAAAUUAUCAAAUAUUCCUUUUGAUAAUCAAGUGGAUGAUCUCAUUUCUCAAAAUCGAUUAGAUGAUGCUCUCAUGCUUUUUAAUCGAGUCAAUUCUGUUUUGUUUCAAAAUAAGACUACUAAAAUUCGAUAUAUAAAAAUGAUGAAAGCAUAUCAAUUAUUUAAUGAGGGAAAAUACAAGAAUUCUAUGAUAUUAUAUUCUGAAAGUUCUUCAUCUCCUAUUGUUGUUAUUUCUAUGUUUCCAAUUGAAAUUUUUGAUUGCGAACAAUAUUUAAAUGAUUCUUCUAUAUCAAAAUAUAUAAAUGCUUCUAGAAUAUUUCUUGAGAAAAUGUGUAAAAAAAAUGGUCAGAUAUCUAAAGAUUUCAAUCACCCAGAAUUUAACAUAAAGGCUGCUACACGUGCUCUUGUAUCUUAUUAUCUUAAUGAUGUACGCCGAAAAUUAUCUUUUUUAAUAUCUUCUAUGUCUCAAUUUCAAGAAUCUUUUCAGGAUAUAUUAAACGGAACUUUACUUCCAGAAUACUACUUUACACUUCCCGAUUCUAAUAAUGCGCUAACUCUUGAAGAAAUGGAAAAAUUACUUGAAAUUGUUGAUACUACAUUAUUUCGUGCAUAUAUCUUUGUUAGUCCAGAUUUAGUGGGCCCUCUUGUUCGAUUACAAAAUAAAAUUCAAUUAAAAGUUGCUAAAGAUCUUUUGGAAAAAAACAGGAGAUAUAAAGAUUUAAUAGAUUAUUUUUUUAGAAAAUCAUUACAUAGAGAUGCAUUAGAUCUUUUAAAAAAACUUGGACAAGGUAUUAUAUCAGAUAGUAUCUAUCAAGAACAAUUUAAAGGAAUUUCUGAGAUUAUUAAAUAUCUUAAAAAACUUGACAAUGAUUAUAUAGAAGAGAUAUUUUCAUUUAUAAAAUGGCCUCUUGAAGUGGAUUCUGAUUUUGCUAUGGAAGUAUUUUUAAAUGAUAAUCAGCAAUUGUGCUUAUCAAAAAAAAAAGUAUAUAACUUUUUGCUUUCUUUGAAUGAAAAUUUAGCUAUUCGAUAUUUGGAAUAUUUAAUAAACAAUUUGAAUGAUCUUACUUCUGAAUUUCAUGAUUUUUUGAUUAUGCAUUAUUUUAAAAACAUUGAAGAACAUCAAGAAUCUGAUAAUAUUUUAGAAAAAUUAUUAAAAUUAUUAAUUGAUUCAAAAGCAUAUAAUUCUGCAUAUAUUUUAGAACAUCUCCCUAAAAAUAAUAAGCUUCUUGAGCACAAAGCUAUUAUUUUGAGCAAUCUAGGGCGACAUAAAUAUGCCCUUAAGAUUUAUCUUUUCGAGAUUAAGGACUUUAAGAAGGCAACAGACUAUUGUAUAAAAGUGUAUUCUAUGAAUAAUACGGAAUCAAGUGACGAAAUAUUUCUGAUUCUAUUAAAUCUUCUUUUGAAACCUCCAGAUGGUCAUGAAAUACAGUUAUCCAAUGCUCUUGAUCUUCUUUCUCUAUAUAGAUCAUAUAUUAAAAUUGAAACAGUUGCAUCUUGUCUUCCUUUGAACAUUAAAAUAUCCGAUAUCAAAUUAUACUUAGAAACUUCAAUUCAGAAUAAGACAACAGACAUUAUUAAUGGGAAAAUUAUAUCUUCUUUACAUAUAGCUAAUUUAAUGAAAUACCAGAAUAAAUUGAUUGAUGCUUGCAACAAGAAAUAUACAAUAACAUCUGAAAAAACUUGCGGAAACUGUCAUAAACGUUUAGGACAAAGUGUUCUUGCUAUAUUCCCAAAUGAUUCUAUUGUGCAUUAUGGAUGCCAACGAGCAUUUUUAAAAGCACAAAAUAUGCCAUAUACUGCCAAAUAA